ACAGAGAGCGCGAGAGUGAGAGAGGAAGAGGGAGCAUGUCGGCAAGAGUGUGAAAGAGAGGGAGCGGGAGACGAGCGAGACGACGCCUCUACCCCUCCCCUCCACUCCUCUCCUCCCUUCCACUCCCCUCCACUCCCCUCCCUUCUCCUCCCCUCCCCAGCAGCUGCCUCAGACGGCGGAAAGUAGCCAGGUCGCGGAGGCUGGAUGGAGGCUCAGGGAGAGACCAGCACCCCUGAGCCAGAGAAAUGGCAGAAUUCCCCAAAGAUACACGGGAGAAGCCCAGAUGUAGGGGGGAGGUCAUUGGAAGAGCCAGUCAGGGGCUUCCAGAGUCUGCUGAAGUCCUCCAGCUCAGCUAGCCUGGCAGAGCUCUCCCACUGCUCCCAUACGGGGGAACAGGCCGGCACCCCUGGCCACCACCCUGCUCACCUACUCACCCAUGAAAGGAGACAGCCACUGAGCAGUGUAUCAUCUCUGGAGGUGCACUUUGACCUCCUGGACCUGACAGAGCUCACUGACAUGUCGGAUCAAGAGCUAGGGGAGGUCUUUGCUGACUCAGAUGAGGAGAACCAUCACGAACCUUCAGCAAACCCUCAGCAUCCGCCGAUGGUUCGUUUACCUCACGGGGGCUAUGUGCGAUCUCCGUCCUGGACCCGUGGAGCCCGGGCCGAGCAGCAGCCCAAGGACCGGAAGCACCACAGUGACUCGGACAACACGGAGCCCCUCCUGAAGAUGGAGCGAUCGCUAUCCCAGCAGCCCUGACGAGUCCAUGCCUGAAGGAAGCCUGUCCAUCCACCACAGGAGCGUCCCGUGGCUGCUGCUGCUCACUUUGGGCAGGGAGGGACGUGUCACACACACAGGAAGAUUCAACGCACCCAGAGCCCUGUGGGAGACUUAGAGAAGCAUAGAGGAGAAACACAGAGAGAGAAAGAUUAGAAAGUGGGAAUUUGAGAUGGUUAGAGUGAUAAGCCACAGAAAAGGUAGAAAGGCAAAGGAGAGAUGUGGAAGAGAUGGACCGCACAGAAUAAGGGCGAGUCCAUCUCUCCUCAUCCAGUUGUUGUAAACAAGAUUCACAUCCGAAUAGUUGCUAAGGCCAUGUCCCACAGGGGUCCCUACAGCAACCCCUGUGGGCAGUCUGCUGACACAUCGAGCACACACACACACAAGACACACACCACAC